CGAGCGAGCGCCGUGCGCCGCCGCCACCUCCGCUGCUCGGCCGGGUCCCCGAGCCGUUCGUCCGGCCGGCCGGCGGGGCGCGGAGCCGAGGCCCGCGGCCGGCCGCAUGAAGGACUGCGAGUACCAGCAGAUCAGCCCCGGGGCCGCCCCGCCGCCCGCCUCCCCCGGGGCGCGUCGCCCCAGCCCCGCCGCGCCCCCCGCCCCGAGCCCCGGGCCCGCGCCCGCCGCGCCGCGCUGGAGCAGCAGCGGGAGCGGGAGCCUGGGCCGCCGCCCUCGGCGCAAGUGGGAGGUGUUCCCGGGCCGCAACCGCUUCUACUGCGGCGGCCGCCUCAUGCUGGCCGGCCACGGCGGCGUCUUCGCUCUCACGCUGCUGCUCAUCCUCAGCACCACCGUCCUCUUCUUCGUCUUCGACUGUCCGUACCUGGCCCGCAAUCUGACCCUUGCCAUUCCCAUCAUCGCUGCCAUCCUCUUCUUCUUCGUCAUGAGCUGCCUGCUGCAAACGAGUUUCACGGACCCUGGGAUCCUGCCCCGGGCCACCGUGUGUGAAGCAGCUGCCCUGGAGAAACAGAUCGACAACACAGGUAGUUCCACAUACCGCCCACCCCCUCGGACACGAGAGGUGAUGAUCAAUGGGCAGAUGGUGAAGCUGAAGUACUGCUUUACCUGCAAGAUGUUUCGGCCACCUCGGACCUCACACUGCAGUGUCUGUGACAACUGUGUGGAGCGGUUUGACCAUCACUGCCCCUGGGUGGGCAACUGUGUGGGGAAACGCAACUACCGCUUCUUCUAUGCGUUUAUUCUCUCCCUCUCAUUCCUGACGGCCUUCAUCUUUGCCUGUGUGGUCACCCACCUGACACUGCGUUCUCAGGGAAGCAACUUCCUCUCCACUCUGAAGGAGACACCAGCGAGCGUGCUGGAGUUGGUGAUCUGCUUCUUCUCCAUCUGGUCCAUCCUGGGCCUCUCAGGGUUUCACACUUACCUCGUCGCCUCUAACCUGACAACUAAUGAAGAUAUCAAAGGCUCUUGGUCUAGCAAGAGAGGUGGUGAGGCCUCUGUAAACCCCUACAGCCAUAAAAGUAUUAUCACCAACUGCUGUGCUGUGCUCUGCGGCCCUCUACCUCCCAGCCUAAUUGACCGGAGGGGAUUUGUACAAUCCGACACAGUGUUGCCCUCGCCCAUCAGAAGUGACGAGCCAGACUGUGGAGCCAAGCCGGAUGCCCGCAUGGUAGGAGGCCAUCCCUGAAUGCUACUCAGUACUUGCCACCUGCUGGCCUGUCCACCCUUCCGUACUCACCUGCCGCCCUCCACACCUGCCAGGACCCUUCCCAAGCCAUCCGAGGGAUGCAGAGCUGCCAAAGACUCAAGUCUUUUCGUAUUUAUUUCCCACCCUGCGUGGCUUUCCCUGAACUGUCCCAUGGCUGUACCCCUUGCUCCCCAAACCCAAGUUCCCACAGCCUUGGGCCCUACCCUUCAGCUAAUCAGUGGCAGGAGUGACAGGAGAGCCAGAGCCUCUGGAGGCCACCAAGGGGACCAUGCCAAGUCUCUGCCUGUGCCCAGGCGAGCCCUAUGUGAGUGAGAGUGUGAAUUGGGCAUGAGGCCUUCCAGCUGGGCCGCUGCCUGGACUGUGCUGAGCCAUAGACCUUGGGAAACAGGACUGCUGAGCAGUUGGCUCUGGAUCACAGGCUAUAGGAGAGGAAGCCUCAGUGUCUCUUUUGGUUUGGAGGCUCUUGCAUUCUCUUUGUGAUCAUUGUUCUUCUAUUGGACUUUUUGGUGAUAAGGAGGGGGGUUUUUUGGUCAAUAGGAUAGAACUGGGGUUCCAGUUGAGAUGGUACAAGGGCCAGAGGAAGUGAAACCAGUCAGCCAGGCACCCUUAGGUCCUGUAGAGUCCUCAGCAGCACAGUAGGAAGGGAGACCUUGCCCUCCUCUUCCCAUAGAGGCUUUCUAAGGGAUCCCAGCCUUUCCACCUUACCAUCUCCAAGUCAGGGCUGGGGAUUAGCAGGUUAUGCUCAUGCUGGCAAUACUUGAAACGGGUUUGUUAUUGCUGGGUAUUUUGCACAAUUUUAUAGACCUCUUUUCUACAUAGCCUUUUUUUUAAAGGGAAGAAGUCAGCCACAUUGCAAUCUGUGUAGUGCCAGGUGAAGGGUUAUCAAAAGGCUAGUUGGUUUUAAUAAGUUUAUUAGGAGACCUUCUGACUGUGCGUGUGCAUGUAUGUGUGUGUGUAUGCGUGCACACGUGCAUGUGUUCACGCGUGCCCUUGUACAAAUGUGACUGGCUCCCACAUCCCUUAGGCUGUUCCCUUUCCCUCAUCCCCCUUGGAUUCAGAAGGAGCUUGAGCUAUGGGGACAGGGAACAUGGGCAUUGGUCACAGAAACCCCUAAGCUCCUGUUGGGGCUCAGCCCUCAUCCUCUUAUCUUUCCUUCCUCCAUGGACUCAGACAACCAGUGGCUUUCUACAUCCCCCUGCCACCCAGCCCCUAGGUUAAGCUUCCAGUUGGGACCUGCCCAGACAGGCUGAAGCUAGGCAUGGUGGGUGGGGUGACGGCUUUAGGGAGCGGCUACGAUCCUACACCCCUUCCUUGGAGCUCUGAGUAUGGGACCCAGUGCCAAGGACUAGAAGACAAGAUGUUUCUGCCAACUGGUAGCUUCUAUCCAGAGCAAAGGAAGGAGAUGCAGGGUAUGCCAAGAGGCAAGAGAAGGUUGGCCUAACUCUGGGCCAGAAGCUCAGAGGAUGUCGUUCCUCUUCUGGCAGCUAUAGUUUAUUGGAAUAGGUAGAAAAUUGCCCCUUUAUUCCUCUCCUUGGUUCUUUGAGUACCCUCCUUGCUCCCUUGAGUGGGCUGGAACCCUUGAAAAGUGACAUAGGAAGUCAGAUCUUGCCCUUCUUUGCUCCAGAGGCCAGUGGGUCACAGACAGAACUGGGAAGUGGUGGCCACAGAGGAUUCCCUUUGGAGAAGCAGCUUCCCCCCAGCCUCAGGGCCCUGGACCCUCUUGUAGUGGCCCUGGGAGAUGGAAAGGAAGCUAGCUAGAGAAGGGGGCUCCCACCUGCCUUUAUUUAAGCCAGUAUUCUUUGUUCUGCUUAUAAUAAAACUUUUGUUUUUAAGAGUUGAUUUGGUUUGGUUUGGUUUUUGUUUGCUUUUUCUUUGUCAAGGCCCCAUCUGGCAG